GCUGAGGCCACGGUGGGCCAUAGGCGCCCCGGCGGCCGCGCCCGGGGGCUGGGGAAGCGGGCGCCACCGGCCCCGUCGCGUCGGGAUUCCCGCGGCCCCGCCGAGGGCUCGGAGGGCGCGGCUCGGGUCCGGUCCUUUUGUUGGACGGCGCGACUCUGGGUGGCCUGGGGGCUACACGAGUCAGGAGAGAGGCCCAGGGAGCGCCGCUCGGUUUGGCGGGGGACCCCGGGACUUUGGGGAGUUUGUUCUGCGCUGUGGGCUUGGCUGCCGAGAGACCGCUACGGGGUCACUUCCUCCCUUCUCCAGGCCUGGCUGGCUGCUCAGGCGAGGCAUGCGCAGUUUCCCACUGGUAGACUCGUGGGGGGAAGAGCCAGGUGCCCAGGGGCAGCGCUGACCGAUCGGCUUGAGACUGAGAGGCAGACCCGGGCCUCAGUGGGGGAGAGACAGCCAAACGGUGCGCUGUGCCCGGUGGGGGAGGGUGUGCUGGCAGAGAAGGCAGAAUGGGCAGUCAGCCAGCCACACUUUAACUGACCCCUGCUCAGUGCCAGGCCCCUGGCAGGACGUGGGGGAGGCACGAGAAGGGUGGGCACAGCUCGAUCUCACAGAGGCCGCCCUGCACUCUGAAGUGUUGGGUGGGGCUGAGGUCCAAAGGGAGGCAUACUUCUCCAAAAGAAAGCACAACAUCCUUUCAGCUCCUGACAAGUACAAUGAUGAAAAUAAAACAGGGAGGAGAUGAUUCUGCACUGAGCCCCUGGAAAGAUAAAUGAAGAAACUGAAGAACCUCCCGCAGACCCUAUGCUCACCGCCCUCUGCCCCCCACUCCCCCACAUCUCCCUGUAGGACCUUUCAAAAACCCCUCAAGCCACAGUCCUCCAAUCUUCAGUUUUCAUGGAAACUCCUUUUUGUAGUAAUCAUCCUUCAUUAUACUUUUUCCUGGUUCCUUCGCUUUUGUUUUUCCCUUUGCAUGAAAAAACUAACCCCUUCACCCUCUUUUCAUAUGUUCUUUCUCAGCUUCUACAGAGGCCUAGACCACCUUAUUUAAUGUAAUGGCCUCGAAGUCCCAUUGUCAUGAUGCUGCUGUCAUUUUCAUGACCUUGUUUUCUGUUCAAGUCUUCUUUAGUUUAUUUCUGGUCCUUUUCUCCCCAAGAAUUUUUGUCUGUCUUGCUCACUGGUGCCUAGAACAGGGCCUGGCAUGCAGUGAAUAUCCAAUAAAUGCUGGUGAGGUAAAUGAAGGAAUGAAAUUGACAUGCUUUAUGAAGGGAAGGGCCACUGGAUCGCUGGAACAGAAUGAGCAGAGGGGAAAGGCCCCUGAGUGCCAGUGGUGGUGUUGUGCCUUGUUACCUGGAACUCCAUGCAGCCAGAACCCAGGCCUAGCGGGGCUGGGGCCCACAACCGAUUUUUGCCCCUGCAGUCACAGCGCCCAGAGGGGUCAGGGGACGCAGUGAUGUAUGCUUCUACUGAGUGCAAGGCUGAGGUGACACCCUCUCAGCAUGGCAACCGCACCUUCAGCUACACUCUGGAAGACCACACCAAGCAAGCCUUUGGCAUCAUGAAUGAGCUACGACUCAGCCAGCAGUUGUGCGAUGUCACGCUGCAGGUCAAAUAUGAGGAUGCACCAGCUGCCCAGUUCAUGGCCCACAAGGUGGUGCUGGCCUCAUCCAGCCCUGUUUUCAAGGCCAUGUUCACCAACGGACUGCGGGAGCAGGGUAUGGAGGUGGUGUCUAUUGAGGGCAUCCACCCCAAGGUCAUGGAGCGUCUCAUCGAGUUUGCAUACACAGCCUCCAUCUCCAUGGGCGAGAAGUGUGUGCUCCAUGUCAUGAAUGGUGCAGUCAUGUACCAGAUUGACAGUGUGGUUCGUGCCUGCAGUGACUUCCUGGUGCAGCAACUGGAUCCGAGUAAUGCCAUUGGCAUCGCCAACUUUGCUGAACAGAUCGGCUGUGCUGAGCUCCACCAGCGUGCCCGCGAAUAUAUCUACAUGCACUUUGGGGAGGUAGCCAAGCAAGAGGAGUUCUUCAACCUGUCCCACUGCCAGCUGGUAACCCUCAUCAGCCGGGAUGAUCUGAAUGUGCGCUGCGAGUCCGAGGUCUUCCACGCUUGUAUCAACUGGGUCAAGUACGACUGUGAGCAGCGGCGCUUCUAUGUGCAGGCGCUGCUGCGGGCUGUGCGCUGCCACUCGCUCACGCCCCACUUCCUUCAGAUGCAGCUGCAGAAGUGUGAGAUCCUGCAGUCGGACUCCCGCUGCAAGGACUACCUGGUCAAGAUCUUCCAGGAGCUCACUCUGCACAAGCCCACGCAGGUGAUGCCCUGCCGGGCGCCCAAGGUGGGCCGGCUCAUCUACACAGCUGGUGGCUAUUUCCGCCAGUCCCUUAGCUACCUGGAGGCCUACAACCCUAGUGAUGGCACAUGGCUCCGGUUGGCGGACCUGCAGGUGCCUCGUAGUGGCCUGGCAGGCUGUGUGGUGGGAGGGCUGCUGUAUGCUGUGGGAGGCAGGAACAACUCCCCUGAUGGCAACACCGACUCCAAUGCCCUGGACUGCUACAACCCCAUGACCAACCAGUGGUCACCCUGCGCCCCCAUGAGUGUUCCACGCAAUCGAAUUGGGGUUGGAGUCAUUGAUGGACACAUCUAUGCUGUAGGCGGCUCCCAUGGCUGCAUCCACCACAACAGUGUGGAAAGGUAUGAACCAGAGCGGGACGAGUGGCACUUGGUGGCCCCAAUGCUGACAAGAAGGAUUGGGGUGGGAGUAGCUGUCCUCAACCGCCUGCUCUAUGCUGUUGGGGGCUUUGAUGGGACGAACCGCCUCAACUCGGCUGAGUGUUAUUACCCAGAGAGGAACGAGUGGCGAAUGAUCACACCCAUGAACACCAUCCGGAGUGGGGCAGGAGUCUGCGUCCUGCACAACUGUAUCUAUGCUGCCGGGGGCUAUGAUGGGCAGGACCAGCUGAACAGCGUGGAGCGAUACGAUGUGGAGACCGAAAUGUGGACUUUCGUAGCCCCCAUGAAGCAUCGGCGAAGCGCCCUAGGGAUUACUGUUCACCAGGGGAGAAUCUACGUCCUCGGAGGCUACGAUGGCCACACAUUCCUGGACAGUGUGGAGUGCUAUGACCCAGACACGGACACCUGGAGUGAGGUCACCAGCAUGACGUCUGGCCGGAGUGGGGUGGGUGUUGCUGUCACCAUGGAACCCUGCCGGAAGCAGAUUGACCAGCAGAACUGCAACUGUUGAGCCACUUUUGUUUCUUGAGCAAAAAUCUGGUCCGAUGGAGAGUAUUGUCAUUUUUGUACAAAAACAAAAGCAAAGGACACAGAGCCAGUGCUUAUGCUUUAGGAUGAGGGGCUGGGACGCCUCAGUGCUAAAUGACAACUCGAAAGAAAGGAAGGCCAGAGCGGGAACCCAUGAAGAGAAACCCAGAGAACUGCUUGGCAGGGGGUGCGGAAGGGGUUCCCCGGAGAAAGGCCCCCCACCUGCUGUGCUGAGACUAGGUCUGGGGCCCACAACAGCAGCCACUGCCUCCCAUUGGGGUGAAACCAAGUGCUGAGGUAAAGUGUCUCUGUGAUUGGAUCCCGGAGGUCUGGGAAGGGGCCAAGAGAGCCCUUCUGGAGGGCUAGAUCCUAAGGAUGGGCCUGUACAUAGAAACCACUGGAUAUCUCUGCCCUGGACAGCCAUUUUGUUGAUAAGCAACCUUGUAACUUUCCAAUGAAAAUAAAAAACAAACUAACUAGUG